UCUUCUUCUUUUUUAAUCAUCCCUGUUGGUUUUUGUUCAUUUUCCUUUCUGGGGAUUUCAAUUUUGAGUAAAAAACCGUGUUUUUCCUGGUGGGGUCUGAGUUUUGACGCUAAAGUUCGAUCCUUUAUUUUAUGAUUUUCGUUUUUAUGUUAAUGGGGGGUACAAGAGUAAGUUUUUCAAGUGCGAACUUUUUUGCUGAUUAUUUCUUACUUUAGCACAUUUUCAUUCAUAUAGUUUGUAGUAAUGUUCAUUCUUUGAUUUUUGUUCAUUCUUUGUGGGUAUAACAGGUUUGUACUUGGGGAUUGAUGUUAUGGUAUUGGUAUUCAUUGUUUGAAGCUGUGUUGUACUAAACUGUGGAUGGUUUCUAUGGUUUUGAAAACCUUCAUGCUUCAGGGUCUAGUGUCAAGCUAGAUAAGUUAUAUGAAAGCCAUGACUUGGGCUACACUCAAAGGUUCCCCCAAAAUUUCUUCCCAUCCAAGACCUCUUUCUUGGAUUGUAGCUUCAGUUGGAGUACUUGCAGUAUUUUUGAUUUUUGCUUCUUGGAUUCUUGUAUCAUACCCUAUUGGUUCCACAGUUCAGGGAUAUUUCUAUGGUGUAGUAGAGAGUUCAGAAAAUUCUAAUUUAUCAGUCUCUCCAAUCAUUGAAACUUAUUUUGAUCUUCCCUCCAAUGCAAGUUUAGAUCUAGUAGAUAAUAAAGCACCCCCUGAUCUGCCACCUUCCACAGUUUCCAAUGGCCUGUCUACUGAUACAAAGAUAGAACACUCUGAUACUGAAUCAAAUUCACAAGUACCCUUAAGUGAAUCUGCUUCUCCAAAAUUACCAGAAACUUCGGAUGCAGCGGCUUCUAGUUCACAAGAAUCUGUGACUCCAUUUGGCAACCAUACAAAUGUGAUUAACAGUAGCUUGCCUGCUCAGUCCAAUUCACAAAUUGAUUUGGCUUCAAAUGCACCUGUUCAAGUGAUUGGAACCAAUUCUUCCAAUGUGACUGGUAAAAUUGGAAUUGUGGAACCUACUUCUGCAGCUUUGGUGAAUAACUCCAGCACUUUAUUUACAACAUCAAAUGAUACCUCUCUGCCUCCUUCAGAUUCAAUACCAACAGCAGUUCCUGCAUCAUCUGACAAGCCAAAUAAUGAAUCCUAUGCUGGUUCUGUUAAUUCAGGCUGUGAUCUGUACCAUGGAAAUUGGAUAUACGAUCCAUCGGAACCGUUAUACAAAAACGACUCGUGCCCUGUAUUGACACAAAUGGAGAAUUGCCAGGGUAAUGGUAGGCCUGACAAAGAUUAUGAGAACUGGCGAUGGAAGCCCUUUCAGUGUGACCUCCCACGAUUUGAUCCUAGGAAGUUUUUGGAGCUGAUGAGAGGCAAGACAUUGGCUUUCAUUGGGGAUUCAGUGGCCAGAAACCAAAUGGAAUCAAUGCUGUGUAUUCUCUGGCAGGUAGAGGAACCCAAGAAUCGUGGAAAUCGUGACAUGCAGCGAUAUUAUUUUAAGUCUGCAUCUGUAAUGAUUAUCCGGAUAUGGUCCUCAUGGCUUGUCAAACACAAUUCUGAACCAUUUGAUUUUGCUCCAGCUGGGGUGGAGAAGCUCUAUCUCGAUACCCCGGAAGAGAAGUUAAUGGAAAUUAUCCCAAAAUUUGAUGUGGUUGUUCUUUCUUCUGGCCAUUGGUUUGCCAAGCAGUCUGUGUAUAUUUUGAACAAUGAGAUAGUGGGAGGACAAUUGUGGUGGCCGGAUAAGUCUAAGCCUAUGAAGAUCAACAGUAUUGAAGCCUUUGGUAUAUCUGUUGAAACAAUUUUUACUGCUCUUGUUACACAUCCAAAUUAUACAGGGCUUACAAUUUUGCGUUCAUAUUCACCCGAUCAUUAUGAGGGAGGUGCAUGGAACACAGGCGGAUCAUGCACUGGGAAGACUAAGCCUCUUGCAUUUGGUGAAUUGGUGGAAAAUGAGCACACCAAUGCAAUGUAUGAGCAACAGAUUAAAGGUUUUAAUCUUGCUAUACAAAAGGCAACAAAUAGAUCAAAGAUGAGAUUAAUGGAUAUUACCAAAGCCUUUCAAUACCGGCAUGAUGGUCAUCCUGGACCAUACAGGAACACUGACCCUAACAAGAUUACAAAACGUGGCCCUGAUGGAAGGCCACCACCUCAGGAUUGCCUACACUGGUGCAUGCCAGGUCCAGUAGAUACUUGGAAUGAACUUGUGUUUGAAAUCAUUAAGAGAGAAUAUGAAGGUGAUAGCACAUGAUGAUAUUUAUUUUUUUCUUAACAACACCCUCGUUAGUCGGGGUUUAAUGGAGAGUGGUUUUUUAAUCCAGCUGCGUGGCAGCUUCUGCACUCUGAAGGGUGAUUUGUGCAGAACUUUACCUGUUUGAGGAAGGGUUAGACCAGUCAAUAUUUUUCCCAUAGAAGUAUAUUAUAGAGAAGUUGAUUAUUUUAAAAGAUUAGGGUGGUAAGCUGCUAGUUUAUUCCACAAUUGUCAGGAUCAUCAGUGCUCCUAAAGAGGCUAAAUCUGUUCGUGGUUCAGUUCUGUUGUAUGUAUGUCCAAUAUAAAUUCAUAUCUCUUU